CUCAGCAUGAGUCGAGGUCGAGGUGGCUGGAGGAAGAGAGCUGGUGACAGUGAUGGUUGGGGUAGCAUGGGCGGGUACAUGGCGGCCAAGGUGAGCAAGCUGGAGGAGCAGUUCAGACUGGAUGCCCCCAGGGAGAAGCAGAAGGAAGGCUUGGGCUCCAACAUCUUCAGGGGUGUUGCCAUCUAUGUCAAUGGAUACACAGACCCCGCUGCAGACGAGCUGCGCAGGCUGAUGAUGCUGCACGGCGGACAGUUCCACGUGUACUACUCCCGCUCCAAGACCACCCACAUCAUCGCCACCAACCUGCCCAACAGCAAGAUCCAGGAGCUGAGGGGGGAGAAGGUGGUGAGGCCAGACUGGAUCACUGACAGCAUCAAGGCAGGGCGACUCCUCUCGUACCUUCAGUACCAGCUGUAUUCCAAGCAGAGGGGACUGAACUUCCCUAUAACCUGUAUGCCUCAGACCCAGGAGCCAGCUGGGCCCAGUCACUUUACCAGCCAUUCCCGUCACGCCCACAGGGAGCUGGGCCACGCCCACCCUGCAGAUUGGGAGCUGGGCCACUCCUAUCCUGCCAACCGGGAGCCUGCCCACACCCACUCUGCCAACCAGGAUCUGGGCCAAACCUACCCUUUCAAUCAGAAGCUGGGACACGCCCACCCUUCCAGCCAGGAGCUAGGCCACACCCAUGCUGCUGAUGAAGAUCUGGGCCAUGCCCACCCUGACAACCGGAAAAUGGGCCACGCCCACAAUGCCAACCAGGAUCUGGGCCAUGCCCACCCUGCCAAUCGGGUUCUGGGCCAUGCCCACCCUGCCAACCGGGAUCUAGACCAUGCCCACUCUGCCAACCGGGAUCUGUGCCAUGCCCACCCUACCAAACGGGAUCUGAGCCACACCCACCCUGCUAAUCGGGAGUUGGGCCACACCCACCCUGCCAACCAGGAGCUAGGCCACACCCACCCAGCCAACCUGGAGCUGGGCUUUAGACUGAAUGGGUCACUGCAGACUUGGCCAAACCUGCCAGAGAGCCCCAAAAUGAAUGGGGUACAGGGCAAGGAUAGUGAACCCCCUGAUCAUCAUCCUUGCUCCUCCCCCUGGGUGUCCACAGGGCAGCCCCUGACCAAUGGACACGCCCACCCUGCAAAUGGUGCCUUAAAACCCCUGGACUUAGCACUGCACUCAGGACGGUACCCCUUGGGCAAGCGUCAGCACCAGCUGCCCCAGCUUCAGUUCUUACCUCUGGAGUGCAAGGACAAGAUGGUGCCUGAUGGUCCACAUGCCCCUUCCUCUCAGCACCCCAAUUCCAAGCCUGGCCUCCAUCAGAGUCCUGAGAGGCAGACACCCACCUCCCAGGCAUCCAGCUCCCCCAAGCCACCAUCUCCACAGCCCAAAACCCGCCAGGUAUCGCCCAGCACUCAGCAACCCACCCACCAGCUGCCGGCAAACCAGAAGGACGCUACAGCUGUGAAAGCCCUGCCCCCGGCCACACCUCCUCCCCCUGCCCCCCGGUCACCCUGCGCUGGAAAGCCCAGCCCCCGUGCAGCCAUCUCCCCCCCACCUGGCAGAGUUCGGCUGAAUGGCACCUACCGGGCCCCCCCGCAGGCCCCCACCCUGCCUGCGGCCCUGGCCACCACGGAUCAUAGUGCCGCCACGGAUCAUGGCGCCGCCACGGAUCAUAGCGUCGCCGCGGCCAAGCCGGCACCCCUCCCCGCCAGGGGGAACAUCAUCUCGGAGUUCUACUCCCACUCCCGGCUCCACCACAUCUCCACCUGGAGGAGUGAGUUCUCUGAGUACGUCAGCUCACUGCAGCAUCGCCGGCGAGCACAGGGGGGCACCGUCUUCCCUGGGAAGGAGCGGCUGAGACGGCACCACGCGGCCCGCGGCGCAGGCUGUGUGGCCUCAGCCAGCCCUCAGAAUCGUCAGCCCUGCAUCCUGCACGUGGACAUGGAUUGCUUCUUUGUCUCCGUGGGGAUCAGAUACCGGCUGGAGCUCAAGGGGAAACCUGUCGCCGUGACAAGUAACCGAGGGCCAGGCCAAGUUGCCCAGCGACCUGGGAGCAACCCCCAAAUGGAGCUUCAGUUUUACCAGAGGCGACAGGCCCAAGGCAGAGGGGGGAAGAGAGAUAUUGACCUGGAGGCGACACCCUUGGUGGACAGUCCCAAAGCCCACAGCAAUGGGGUGGACCAGGAUGCAAAAGCCCUCUCCAUGGCUGAGAUCGCUUCCUGCAGCUACGAGGCCAGGCAGGCGGGCGUGAGGAAUGGGAUGUUUUUUGGCCAGGCAAAACAACUGUGCCCAGAACUGCAGGCUGUGCCCUACGACUUCCAGGCCUACAAAGAGGUGGCGCUGGCCAUGUACGAGACGCUAGCCAGCUACACCCACAACAUCGAGGCCUUGAGCUGUGAUGAGGCCCUGAUGGAUGCCACCAGCCUGCUGUCCGAGCUGGGCGUGUCACCUGACGAGCUGGCCAGCGCCAUCCGGGAGGAUGUGAGGGAGAGAACGGGCUGCCCCGCCUCUGUGGGCAUGGGCUCAAACAUUCUGCUGGCCAGGAUGGCGACCCGCAAGGCAAAGCCAGACGGUCAGUACUACCUAAAGACUGAGGAAGUGGACGACUUCAUCAGGGAUCAGUCUGUCACAAGUCUGCCAGGUGUGGGACGGUCGAUGGGGUACAAGCUGGCCUCCCUGGGGGUGCGGACCUGUGGGGACCUGCAGCAGGUGUCCAUGUCCCGCCUGCAGAAGGAGUUUGGACCCCGCACAGGCCAGACGCUGUUCAGGUUCUGCCGUGGCCUGGACGACCGGCCAGUGAGGAGCGAGAGGGAGAGGAAGUCCGUGUCAGCGGAGAUGAACUAUGGAAUCCGAUUCACGCAGGUGGAGGAGGCAGAGUCGUUCCUGACCAACCUGGCCCUGGAGGUAGAGCGUCGGCUGCAGGCGGCGGGGCUCUGGGGGCGCAGGCUCACCCUCAAGGUCAUGGUGAGAAAGCCGGGGGCCCCCGUGGAGCCCGCCAAGUUCGGGGGCCACGGCAUCUGCGACAACCUGGCCAGGACAGUGACUCUGGAGCGUCCCACUGACAACGCCCAGCUGAUCGCCGCUGAGGGCAUCAAGCUCUUCCACUCGCUGAAGCUGAAUGUGGCCGACCUGAGGGGGGUGGGCAUGCAGGUGCAGCAGCUGGUCGGGGCUCACGGUACCCCCCAGGACCCCCCCGGCGCGCUGGCCCCUCGCCACCGCUCUGUCAUAGACAUGCUUCUGGUCCAGCGCACCGCCCCUCCCACCAGUCCGAGACAGCUCAUGACACCAGGUCUACCCAGUGCCCCUGCUUCAGAUGGGAUGUCCAAUCAGAGCAGGAGCUCACCUGUCAGAGUCCCGCUGGCCCCUGCUGACUCCAUCCCCUCCUCCACUGCGGAGCCAAUGCCCGGGACGAGCAAAGGAGAGCCCCCUCCUCGAUAUAAUGGGGGUCUGCAUACCCCAAAACACACCAGGACACGCCUCAACCUCAGCAUCGAGGUGCCUUCCCCCUCACAGGUGGAUCGCUCCGUGCUGGACGCCCUGCCGGCGGAGCUGAGGGAGCAGGUGGAGCAGUCGUGGAGCAGGAAGGACGAGCCGCCCCGCAGCCCAGCGCCCGCCCCUCCACCUCUUGGCACACUAGUCCUGCAGGUCCCAGAUCAGCCAGGGCAGGGUGGGUCGGCUGGCAUCGUACUGGCACUGCCUGACUUCUCCCAGGUGGACCCAGAGGUGUUCCAAGCCUUGCCUCCAGAGCUCCAAGAAGAGUUGCGCUCAGCAUACAGAUACAACGAGAGCACUCUCUCCCACAGCACUAUGGCAGUGGCCAGGAACCCUCUGCUGCAGCUGAAGCAGCCUGUUGUUGGCCGAACAAAGCGGCGCUACAAGAAGAACGCAAGUCCUGCCAAAAAGGGCCCCAGCCCCCUGAAAAACCGUCUCCACGGAAACAGUCCUGCCAAAAGCAGUCCCGCCAUACUUUUCCCACACAUGCUCAAACACGAGGAUGCACCUGCCAUUGCUCUGAAGCUCGACCAUGGAUUACAAGACAUCCAGCUUGAAGUGCCCAAAAUCACACCCCGCCCUGGUCCAACCCUAGCCGGUGCCUGUGAGCUCUCAGACAUCCGAACCCUGCUAAAGGAAUGGGUCACUACUAUUGCAGAGCCCAUGGAGGAAGACAUUCUGCAGGUGGUAAAGUACUGCAGUGAGCUGGUGGAAGACCGAGACCUGGAGAGACUUGACCUCGUCAUCAAAUACAUGAAAAGGCUGAUGCAGCAGUCGGUGGAUUCGGUGUGGAACAUGGCUUUCGAUUUUAUCCUGGACAACGUGCAGGUGGUGGUGCAGCAGACCUACGGCAGCACGCUCAAGAUCACGUAGGAGGAGCCCCCUGCCUCGCCCGCCCACUCUGCUGUUACGCACUAAAUCUCGGAAGAGAGGAGGACACUCCUCUUGAGACACUUGCAGACAAUUCUUAGAGGGGUACUGGGCAGGAGAGAACCUAUGCCAGUUUUACCAGUUGACACGUUGUAUUGCAUUGAACGGUGGGUGCAGUGUCCUGUGCUCCAGACGGAGCUGAGUGAGGCUGGAAGGUGCAAACUGUGAGUGGCUUGGACAGUCAGGCUCCCCUUGUCUGUCUCACUAUUCGCUAUGCCAUAUCCGCCUGUACAGUAUUUGCAAAACAGCAUGGCCGUUUAACAUAUCCGA